CGGCUCUGUAGGAAGUCUAUCAUCAACAUUAUAGAUUGAGAGACUCAGAGAGGCUAGCAAAGGCCACGGAUAAUUUGAACAGCGGCGCUAUAUGAUCUUUGGCAAAAAAAAAAGAGUAUUAUACUCUUUGAAGCUGCUGCCCGGAGAGCGGCGCGGCGCCGUGGUGGCAAUACAUAUAGGCUAGGCCCUAGCUAGAGAGCUAGCAAGGGUAUUAAUAUACUCUUUGAGGCUGCUGCCCGGAGAGCGGCGAGGCGCCGUGGUAUACAAUUACAGGCUCAGACUAGCCUAGCUAGCAGCAGCAGAGUGAGGAAGUGUGAGGUAUUGACUGUAUUGAGAUGGCGAAGACUACAAGAGGAAGCAAUUGGCCUGACGAUGAAAUAACGGAUUUGAUAGAUAUCUGGAAAGAGCCCGAGUUGAGGGAGAAAAUAGAUUCAAAGAGUAGAUGUAAGACAGAUAUUUGGAUUGAAAUUGCCACUCGGCUUUUUCAUUUGGGAUAUCCAGCAAGAACUGGACCACAAGUCCACAAUAAAAUAAAGGACCUGAGAAGAUCGUACGUCAAAGCGAACACUGUUCGUGAGACAGUUAGGCCCAGUCCCUCUGGGUCAGAUGCAGGGCUGGUCCGACAAUUUCCAUUUUAUCACAUGCUACACGAAGUAAUUGGAAAUAAGCCUGUGUCUAGGCCAAGUUUGACUGGGGGAGAGGGUGACGACUCAAGUACUGAUGCUCUGGACACAAGUAGUUCAAAUUCAACAAACUGGUAUGCACUUAGUGAUGAAGAAAAUGACCAGGAUGAUGAGAGAGAGCAGAAUGAACACACACGGCAGGUUGCAGAAAGAGAACACAAAAACCAUGGAAAUAACCAGGAAAGUCCAGGCAAUGAUAAAAAAGAUGUGGAAAACAAAGUUGAAGGUGUAUGUAAUAAUGUUCAAGUUGAAGGAAGAGGCCAAGUAGCUUGUCAACAACCCAGCAAAGGUAAAAAAAGACAACGAUUGAGUAUGAAAGAUAGGACAGUUGAAGCCCUUGCAAAGAGAAUGAAAGAAAUAACAGCAGCAUCAGAUAGAAAAUUUUUGGAAAUUGAAGAAAGGAGAAGAAAGGAGGAGCUUGAGCAGAGGAGAGAGGAUAGAAAGUGUUUGCUAAGUAUAUUAGAACUAAUUAAACAAGGAAUGGAAGACAGGAAACAUGCAGAGGAAAAAAGAUCUAGAGAUUUUCAAACAAUGAUGACAGUUUUCAAUAGAAAUUUAUCAACCAACUCUGCUACGUUCAAUGAGAAUUUGACCGACAAUACACAGGAAUAAUAGAUCAUCAAGUUUAAAAAGUGUACAUCUCUUAAUAUUACAAGUUGCACUUUACUGUUGUCUCAUUCUAUUAUUUUGUACCUUUAAUCUCGUAUAGUAACUAACAGGAAUCCUUGACAUGAACCAGGGUUGGGGAGGGGGAAGAGAGUUUAUAUUUUGUUAAGUAGCUCUUAAGUCACUAUUUUAUAUUGUACUUUGAUGUUUCUAUUGUAUUACUGGGUGCACCAACGAAUGUUGUGUGCCACUGUUUCAAAAGUGAUAUCCAACUAAAAGUUGAAAAAUAAUGUUUUCUAUACAUUAAUAUAAAAGGAAAAAAAUUAAAAUAUUUAAUAGGAAUAUAA